GUAAUACAUUAAAUAAUGGCUAAAAUAAAAGAUAAUACUGUUCAAGUAGUAUUUGUUUCUUUACUGUUGGAUCUUCUGGCAUUUACUAUGAUAUUACCAUUAUUACCAGCUUUAUUAGAUUAUUAUAAAGAAAUAGAAAAAAAUCAAGGUAUAUAUUUUAAAAUUUUAUAUUAUGUACAAAAUACAAGAAAAUUUUUUGAUGCUCCUGAUAAGAUCAAUACAGUGCUUUAUGGAGGUUUCCUUGGUUCUAUGUAUUCCUUUUUACAAUUUUUAAGUUCUCCAAUAGUGGGAGCAUUAUCAGAUAUAUAUGGAAGAAAACCAUUGAUGAUAUGUUGUUUAAUAGGAAUUGCUUUGUCUUAUCUGUUAUGGGCAUUUUCUUGUAAUUUUGCUAUAUUUGUAUUAGCAAGAUUUAUUGGAGGUAUUAGUAAAGGAAAUAUUAAUUUAUCAAUGGCUAUUAUUAGUGAUGUUACCUCUCCAAAAACAAGAGGAAAAGCAAUGGCACUUAUUGGUAUAGCUUUUUCUAUAGGUUUUGUAGUAGGCCCAAUGAUUGGAGCAUUUUUUGCAUGGACUUUUAGUGAUAAUAAAAAAGAAGCAUGGUAUAUAAUACCUGCUGUAUUUGCUUUUUUUUUAGCAACAAGCGAUUUGUGUUUUAUUGUUUACUAUUUAAAAGAAUCUUUACCACAGAAGUAUAGAAGCAGUAAUCUUAUAUCUGGAAUAUCUGGAAUUAUUACUUACAUUAAUCCUAUAGAUUUAUUCCAAUUUAAUGGAGUAUCUGGUUUAAGUUUACAAGACAAAAAAAAUUUAAAAACACUGGGUUGUGCAUAUUUCAUAUAUUUGUUUAUAUAUAGUGGCUUGGAAUUUACUUUAACUUUCUUAACUCAUUAUUUAUUUAAAUUUACGAGCAUGCAACAAGGAUGGAUGUUUUUGGGAAUUGGAUUAAUUAUGGCAAUCUUACAAGGAAGUUGGAUACGAACAAUUCCAUCUAAUAAAACAAAAUCUAUUGCAGAAUUGGGUUUAUGGUUGAUUAUUCCAGCAUUUAUUUGUAUAGGUUUAGCAAAUGAUAUAUUAACAUUGUCAAUUGGAUUAUGUCUGUUUGCAAUUUCUACUGCUAUGGUUGUUACUUGUAUGAUGACUCUUGUAACACAUAUUGGUCCUGAUUAUCAAAAAGGUGCAAUAACAGGUGUUUUUCGUUCUCUUGGAGCAUUAGCACGAGCUUGUGGACCUAUUGUAGCUUCUUCAGCUUUUUGGUGCAUUGGUAGUAAAGCAACAUAUCUUAUAGGUGCUAUAUUUCUUAUACUUCCACCUGUAAUUCUUCAGAUGAUGAAAUCAUUUUAAUAUAAACAUUUGUUUAAGUAUUGCAUAUUUAUAUUUUUACAGUAUUUUUAUAUAUUUUAUAAAUUGUAUUAUAUAAAUAUCUUAUAAAAAAAGAAUUUUUUGUGCAAUUAUGUAUUAUAUAUGAAAAGUAUUAUAUAAUUAUAUAUUUUGAUAUUCAAAUUAUCU